GAUAGUCGCCAUCUUGCUUGUUUUGAGUUUGUCGAGUGUCGUCGGCUGCGAAGCGGAGGUAUGAAUUCCGUCUUUCGUUGCAUUUAGCACUGCAUUUAAUUAUUCUGUACUUUUAAAAAUACCUUCGACAUUUUAACGCAGACGGGGCGCAGCAACCUAGCUUGCUGCUUUCUUCGUAAAGAAUGAGUGACGAGUUCGAGAAACAGUUGGAGCUCGAAGCGAAGGAGAAAGAAAAGCAGUCCGGCUCGGACCCAUACACUUACGUGGACCCAAACGACGGCACCGUCUACGAAUGGGACGUCCAGAAAAACGCCUGGUUUCCCAAGCUCACAGAGGACUUCUUGGCAGCCUACCACGCCAACUAUGGUUCGGGAGAAGUGCAGAACGCAGAAGGCACGAGCCAGGUGGCCACCAUUUCGCAGAACCAACAGUCCAAUGCGCAGCAGUCUGGCAAGAAGCAGGAUCCCAAAGCGAAGCCAAGUGAUCCAGGAUGGUUCGAGAUCGAUGACGCCCACAACACGCGGGUGUAUGUGAGCAACCUGCCGAGCGACAUGGACGAGGAGGAGUUUGUGGAGAUCAUGGCCAAGUGCGGGCUGGUCAUGAAGGACGAGAAGGGCGACUACAAGAUCAAGCUGUACCGCACACCAGAAGGGAACUUCAAGGGGGAUGCCCUGUGCUGCUACAUCAAGGUGGAGUCUGUGGACCUGGCCCUGCGCAUCCUGGACGGGUACCGGCUGCGGGGCCAGGAGAUGCGGGUGGAGCGUGCCCGCUUCCAACUCAAGGGGGCCUACGACCCCACCAAGAAGCCCAAGAAGAAGAAGGGCAAGGAGAAGGAGAAGCUCAAGAAGAAGAUUGAAAAGCUGUUUGACUGGAGGCCCGAGAAAUUGAGGGGCAUGCGCGGCAAAAACGAAAGCACCGUGGUCCUCAAGAACAUGUUUGAACCCAAGGAGUUUGAGGGUGACCCCACGCUGAUCCUGGAGUACCAGAAGGACCUGCGGGAGGAGUGCGCCAAGUUUGGGGAGGUCAAGAAGGUGGUGGUCUACGAUCGCAACCCUGAUGGAGUGGCCACAGUGACGUUCAAGGAGCCCGAAGAAGCAGACGCCUGCAUCGAGCUCAUGAACGGGCGCUGGUUCGCCCAGCGGCAGCUCUCCGCUGAGACAUGGGACGGCAAGACGCGCUACAAGAUCAUCGAGACGGAAGAGGAGCUGGAAGAGCGCCUCAAGAAGUGGGAUGAGUACCUUGACGGAGAGGACGAGGGGGACGACCAGGCGAAGACCUCCCAUCCGGCAGACGCAGAGACGUCUGCAAAGAGGAGUGGCGAUGGGGUUGACGACGCAAUGAGCUCUAACCCAGAGAAGAGGCUCAAGACAGAAGAAGCGGGAGUCGACUAGGGCGAGCGAGUUGUUCGGCUCGUGGUCAGAGAUGGGCAGGUGGCAGUUUGAAUCUAGUAAUGCUUACUCAUUCCUCUGCAAGCCUGUAGGAGACGAUUGGAUCAGGCUUGCGAAAGCCGAGUGAACGCUUUGAAUGAUUAUAGGCAGCAGCAGCAGUGCAAAGAAGACCAGGACAACAAAUCAGACAUACAAAAAGACAAACAAGGGUGCUGACUUAUGCCCUCGCUCCACUGGAACGACAAACAGAAACCACUGACACCGACGAGCCUCGUGCGCAUGCAGCAUGCGUGCGAAGGUACCUUUGGCAGGCUCACAAUCAUUCGUGCUUACUUAACGAGCACCAAGAGACUGCGAGCGUGCCAAUGGUACCUUCGCAUGCAUAUUGCAAAAGGAACGAGGCUCGUCGGUUGCUUCUGCUUGUCGCUCUAGUGGGACUCGAGCAUUACAACUCAUCUACGUUUGUUUUCUGUGUAUGCCUCCUACUGGUCUUGUUUGUGCCGUUGCUGCCUCUAAUGAAUCACCAGCUUGCCUAAGCUUCCAUCUUGAAGAGCUUCGAAGGAUUUUGUGCUGCUAGAUUCAGACCACCGUUUGCUCACCUCUACCUGUGGCCCUGUCAUUGUUUUACUGUUACUCUCUCAGAAAUGAGGGGGCAGAAGCAGCGUCGUGCCUCUGCAGCAGUGAGUUUGAUGCAACGGUUGCUAGGGGCAGCCUGCCGAGUUUUAUUGCCGUCUGUUUAUCGGUUUUACGAGUUUCAUUCCUUCCGAACGAGUUAUGUCGGUGGUUUUUAGUAGCAUCUUUGUUUUGAGCAGCGAUAGGGAAAUCAGGAUUGACACAAAUGAUGGGUUUGGGAACAGCCUGGGAGCACCAAAUUAUUCGGGUAUAGUUACUGACAAAGUGAGGACGGCAGGAAGGAGCUUCAGUUGUCCCGCCUUCAGCGUGAGCUUCUUGACUUUGACAAUGCUUCAACGUCUCAUGCAGCUCGAGUGGCGCGCGCACGGCCGAGGCACGGUGGAAGCCAUGGAGCGUGUGCUGGAGGCCGACCGUUUAAAAGAUGUGCCCUGUCGUCAUUCUGUUUGUGACUAGCGUAUAUCCGAUAGGGUAUUUCAGUUUGGCUCAGUAGGUCGGCGAUACAAACAACUUAAUUUCAUUUACUGCUUCUUUGCUCUAAUAUGGACAAACUCCUAGUUUGAAUAUACCUGUGCAGUCAGAAGAUUUGUUCUAUCGGUCAUCCUGUAUGACACUACAGUCUGGAGCUAUGGCCGUGUAGGGCAUCACCACGUGCAUGAUGACCGUGAUAAGCUGGAAUAUGUAUCUGGGAAGUAAAAAAAAUAUUGUCAGGAAAAGGAUCGAUCAAUGCCCAAUUGUUUUCAAUGUCUCGGAAAACAAAUGCACUCCUUGCUUAGUGGCUUUUACACUCAAGAUCUUCCCGUACUGUUGAGAUAGAUGGCAGCAAUUAAAUUGUAACGAGACUAACUGACCCAUUUCAUGUUCCUAUUUAGUCUGAAAAUUUCUCCAUCACUUUUGCUCACUAGUGUGAAGCUUCCCCCGGCUGAACAUGGGACAUUGUCAUGUGAUGAGAAACCCAGCUAGACAUCAAUAGAGUAGAUCUGAAAUUUGAGGUAUGUCAUUGUAGGUCCCAGAAUGGUAGAAAGAACAUCAUUUUCAAGGUCUAUUGGAAAUAUAUAUGCAUCAUUAAGCUAACUUGUUUUGCCCUUUUUUUCAGUACGUUAAUGGUAAAGAUAGAUUUAAACAUCAAACGUACAUUGUAGGCAUGGCACCUUUCUCUCAAGGUUUAUGGUUGCCAGCUGUUGGAUGUGGUAAGAGUGGCACAAAAAGGAAAGCAUUAAAUUAUCUUCAGACACUGCAGACCAUUCGUUGCUGCUGUUCUGGCAGCAGUGCAUUUAGUAUAGGUUUUAUGUGUGAUGGUUUGUUCUCACAUAUUCUGGCUUCCUGCGUGGCUCUUCCUCUAGGACAGUGGUUCUCAACCAUCGAUGUUUCGUGGACCCCUUGUGAAUCGGCAGAGAUGAUGGAAGACCCUGGAGGGGAAAGUUAAAGGUUAAAUAUAAUAAUGAUUUAAUAAAUGAAUAAAACUAAGGGCUAGUGUGAAGUAGACCUCUCUUAUUGGCAUACACAGGAGAAAACUUGCCAGAAAACUGAAACAUUUCUUCUCGAUUUGAAAAAAGACAACUUUUAUUGCCGGGCUAUACUGAUGAGGUAGGGCUUCGCAGUCCCCUACAAUGCUUUCGCGGGCCCCAAAGAGUCUGCGGACCCUUAUUUGAGAACCACUGCUCUAGGAGGCAAUAGCUAGCACUCCCGUGUCAAAUGUGAGGUUUUGUGUGGCAAGCAAGGGGAAGUCGCUUUCAGCUGUCUAGUUUACAUGUCCGUUUCAUACAUCACGUACUGUGCUAGAGAACAGUCGGGGAAGUAAGGUCGGGUUCUAAACCUUGUGCAUGUGUGUGAGCAUAUCCGUAAGCUGAUCACCAUAAGUAAUACCUGCGUACCUUACUACAAUAGCAGUGUAGCCACCAGCUUGGUUUGAUAGGUAGCCUACAGAUUUCACAGCAACCCUGUCCCAACUACAGUGGUAGUACCAGGAGGGCAAUGCACACCAUUUAGGGUGCAUGACAGCAUUGCUUUUUGCUUGGCAGUAUACGCCGUUUUACCUCCAGUUCAAACACUGCUAACGCUACGAGCUGAUGGGACCAAUCAGCCAGCGUCAAAAGGCCACCAUCAUGGUGUUCCUCAUGUUUAUGAAAGUGUUCUAUCAUCGCUGAACCAAUCACAAAACAAAGAAGGCCCAGUGACUUGUGCCUUUAAUGCUGCUUGAUUGAUCCCAUUAGCUCGUAGCGUCGGCUGCGCCUGGACUUAAGCAAUAACGAAGUAUAGGACUACCUAGUUGGGCUUCGUAACUAUGGGAUCUGGGCUGCAGCAUUUGGCAAGCCAAAACCAGUUGAGUAUUUUUGAUAAUUACUGCAGUCUUUUACCAGAAAGAGUGGGUGACCGUGCCAUCUUUGGAAAGUACUAGAAAGCAACUAUGCUGCUGAUAUUGCAAUUUGAUUACGCCUAACUUUUGAUGAGAAAUUCGGAUGAAGCGUGUUUCCUUUGUUUCUGAGAGAGUGACACUUGUAUAUAGCAUUGUGAAUGCCUACCUUGGGGGGAAAAGAAAAUCGUAUCACUGCAGAAAUAGCUUUGGCACAUUCUGUUAUCUGCUUCACCUUACGUUUUGUUAUCAUUUUUUUUUUGCUUGUUUCUGAUCUUGGGAAAAUGUCAAUUCAUUACCUUGUCAGAUAUGGAAGAUGCUAGACGCUGGAGUACCCCUUUUUUAUUUUUACAUCUGGAUAAUUUGUGUGUUGUCAUGCCGCUCAGUUUUUGUGUGUACGUUAAAUUGGGGCCUGAUUUGGCACAUUUUGACGAUUCAUGGUUCAAAGCCAGUUUUUGAAAGGUAAAUUGGAAGUCCAGAAAACAACCUAGGAUGAAUCGCCACUUUUGAAUAUUUAAUUAGUAGUGCGGAUCUUGUAAACACAUGAAAAAUAUUUCGAAUGUUUGUAGGGCUGAGGUACUUUCGAAAAGGGGUGUUUCGUUUUAGAAGCACUAAAAGUUGUUCCAUAUUGUAUUACCCAUCCUUGUUACGUUUGCCCUGAAAUGUGCAGAGGCGAUGUGAUUUCCAAUAAAAAAAAUCCUGAUAA